GGGCUGGUUCAAGCGCACAUCAUGAUCCCAUUUUGGAUGAGGAUGUCCUGCAUACUCCUCCUCACUUCUGGAAGAGAAGGAAGACUUUAUAACGGGAGGAAGAAGCCGUCAGCACUGACAGCACAGAGACUUCGUUCUGGUCCUCAUGUUUGUUUCUCAGGUAUGGGCAGUGGAUGCUGUCCAGGAUGGACAGUCUCCCCAGGCACUGGACAAUGCCUUCAGCCACUGUGUUCGUUUGGCUGUGGCGGUGGGUACUGCAUUGCGCCCAAUGUGUGUUCCUGCAGAGAUGGACAUCAAGGUGUCACCUGCACCGAUCAUUACGCCACUGAGUAUGACAAGGAAAUAGAAGACAGAGGGUUUACUCCAAGUUGCCUAUCAGCACUGUGUGAUCAGGGCUGUAAAGUGAUCAAUGGUAUUGCCAUGUGUACCUGUUUCCAUGGUUACAUUCUUGGAAAAGAUGGAAAAAAUUGUUACGAUAUUGAUGAAUGCUCUCGGCCUCAGGCUCUAAACCCUUGUCAUCAGCAAUGUAAGAACAACAUUGGAAGUUACAGAUGCAUAUGUUAUUAUGGGUAUCAGAUCUCAGCCAACGGACGAACAUGUCUACCUACAAAGCACCCCAAUACCAUUGCUGCUCCUGGUCCUUGUGGAGAAUAUGGCUGCGAGUUAAGCUGUAAUGAUGGCGGCUGUGAACAUGUCUCCCGUGUGUGUCCUCUUGGAUUUCGCAUGACCGAAACAGCAAACGGAGUCACCUGCACAAGCAUUAAUGAAUGUGCUGCUUCUACCUGCGAGGGAACUUGUCGGAAUACUGAGGGAGGCUUUGUAUGUGACUGUGGGCCUGGCCUAAAGCUUGCUGCUGAUAGGACCAGUUGCUUGGAUAUUGAUGAAUGUUUGACACAACGAUCAGUUUGUCAGCACAGAUGUAAGAACAUUCAUGGCAGCUAUAGAUGUUUGUGUGGAACAGGGUUCACCCUGCAGAACAAUGGACACACGUGUGCAGAUAUCAAUGAGUGCCGAAGACCAGGGUCAUCUCAUCUUUGCCAGCACUUUUGCCACAAUAUCUAUGGAGGCUUCUUCUGUUCAUGCCGAGCUGGGUUUGUUCUUAGCAUAGACAGAGUAUCUUGUGUUGAUGUGAAUGAGUGCCUAGAAAACACCACCCUAUGCAUAUCUGGCAGCUGCAUGAAUACACUGGGGUCAUAUGUCUGCUCCUGCCCUGAUGGCUUUCAGUCAAUCAAUGGUGGCUGCUCAGCCACUCCUCUUGAGACACAGACUGCAAGCUUACUACAGGCAGUGCACAGUGACUGGAUGCCACUCAGCCUAACACCACCAAUGUCUGCAAGCAUUAAAACCCCAACCACAAUUGCUUCCCAGACAGAUCUGGCCAGUACCAGGUUACCACAAGAAAUCAUUUCCACAAAGUCUACCUCAAUGCAACCAACCACAACAACUAUACUUGAUCCAGUGCCUCCACCUCAACAUCUCAAAACGGGUCAUUCUUCAUUAUCUCAAAAAUCCUCAGGAAUAUCUCACAUGCCUCUGAAAGAGAACAUAAUAAUUCCCACUGGACAUCCUACUGUUUUGGGCACAAAUGUGCCUUGUUGGCAUAACAGGGAACUGCGGCUGACAGGCAGCACCUGGACAGAGUCAGGGUGUUCAGAUUGCAUCUGCAAGGAAGGGAAGGUUUCAUGUGUCAGAAGGGUAUGUAAUCCAGACUGCUCUCAUCCCGUCUUAACCCCCGAAAGCUGCUGCCCAUCUUGUGAUGGAUGCUUGUUUGAGGGAAAAUUGAGAGCAGACGGAGAGCUCUUCCCAAUUACUCCAGAUAAUUGUACCGUUUGUAUCUGUCUGGCUGGAAAUAUCACCUGUAUCCCUCCUGUGUGUCCUACAGUAGCAUGCACUGAGCCUGUCAUGUCAGACUGCUGCCUGCAAUGCCCAGAUGGCUGUGAAUUCCAAGGUAAUAUUUAUCCUCAUGGUGCCACAUUUAGCCGUGAUGAAAAUGGAUGCACAUCAUGUCUGUGUCAGAAUGGAGUUGUAGAAUGCUCCUUUCUCCCAUGUCCCAGUCUUGAGUGCCCUAGAGAGGACUGGGUGCUGGAAACUGGACAAUGCUGCUUCAAGUGUCAGCAGCCAUCACCAAGUACAGGAUGUCCAUUUGAUGACAAUGGAAUUGAGAUUCCAGUUGGUCAGAUCUGGUCUCCUGGGGAUCCCUGUUCAAUCUGCAUUUGUCAGGCAGACAGCACCAUUGUGUGUAAGAGAACAGACUGCGUGGAGACUUGUCCCCAUCCCAUCAUUGUGCCAGGACAGUGCUGCCCUGACUGCUCAGCAGGUUGCUCAUAUGGGCGAAGAACAUACAGAAAUAACGAGAGCUUUCCAUCUACUUCAGAUCCAUGCCUCACCUGCAUCUGUCUGAUGGGCACAGUAGCCUGCUCUCCCAUUGAAUGUGCCCCAAACUGUACCUACCCCUUCCAUGAUGAGGGAGAGUGCUGUCCUGUGUGCCGAGACUGCACAUAUGAAGGGAGGAAAGUGCUAAACCAUCAGACAUUUUCACUGGAAAGCGAGCCCUGCACUCAGUGCACCUGCCAGGAGGGAGAAGUGCAAUGUGAAGCCAUGUCCUGCUCUACUACCUGCUCUCAUCCAUAUAUUUUUGCUGGAGAAUGUUGUGCUGCUUGUGAAGAAUGUGCCUUUGAAGGACAUGUGUUGGAGAAUGGAGGGUCCUAUAUCCUAAAGUCUGACCCAUGUGUUGUGUGUCAUUGUUAUGCAGGGAAUGUGCAAUGUGAACAGAGCGAAGGUUCCUGUACUCCUUGUGAGCAGAAGACUCAGGAUUGUCAGAAUGAAGUCUCAGAACCCUUCAACACUAAGCAACUACAAUAUUCUCCCCAAGAUGCUGGACAAGUCAAUGUUCCACUAAAGAUACUAAGUGCCACUAAAUCUCCAGCAUUUGGCCGUCUGUCCUUAUCACAAAAGCUGAAGGAAAGAAGGAACUUGGCUACUACAGCCUCAUCUUCUCCUGUCUCUAGUUCUGUGCCCUCAGAUCAUGUCUCUCACUCAGAAUCAGUGUCUGCUCUAGAGCAUAAACUAAAUUCAAAUACUGUGCCGCGUAUACAAACAGAUACAACUGUGCCGCCUGGUGAAGAAAAGGUCUCUGUUCAUUCUUAUGUUCACAUGUCUUCUACUCCUUCUGGUGUUUCUGUAUCACCUUCAUUACCUGGUCAACCAGUUCCUACUUCAGAUACUAUAAAGGAUACAACAAGCCACCCUACCUCAAACUGGUCACUUUGGAGUUUACAUUCUAACUUAUUUACUGAUAGCCAAACUCCGACAUCUGCUACUGUAGCUGAUUCAUCUCUCUUUCCAGCAACAACUUCUACCUCUGACCAUCCUCAGAACUAUACCCCUUCAUCUUCUCCCCAAGCCACAGUAGCCAACAGAGCUUCUGCAAAAGAUGUUCUCGUGCCCUCACGUGAUCAUGGAACCUUAUCACCUUCAACGAAUGACAGUCAUACACCUUUAUAUACAUCUAAUGCUCAAGAGGAGAGUGUUCCUACAACAAGGCACACUGAUCAUGUUUACCAAUUAACAGAUGUUGCAAAACUUGCAUUUGAAAAAAUUGAAAAUGCUGAGGAGACAGAUUAUGAACCAAGACUCCUAACAGAGUGCUCUUUCAAUGGUCUCAGCUCUACCAAUGGUUCCAUUUAUGUCGCUGAUGAGGACUACUGCUUGCAGUGUGAAUGUUCGAGAUCAGAAAUCUACUGUAGAGCUGAAGCACAUUUCUUUCGAGGACUAUGCUGUGAUGGAUGCUAUCACCUCUUGACAGACCCAUGCUCUAAGGAAACCAAUCAGAUUUAUUCAGAACAGGGUGAGGUUCAGGGGCUUUGUAAAUGUCAGAACAUUCUUGUAAAGUGCCGCACCUGCUCCUCCGAUCCUGACUGCGUCACACAGGGCACACCACAGAGUUCAGAGUCAGAGCACACACCAAAGGCUCAAAUGAGCGUUUUUCGGGUAGCAAUUAAAGGCAUGUUGAAACUUUGGGAUGAAAAUUCCAGUCCUUGAUGACACCAAGCUCCAGAUCACGGAGAGGGAAGAUACUAGAACUGUUACUAUCUUGUAAUUUCAGCUUCUUAAAGCUUUCUCGGCACUUAUAUGUGAUCCACUACAGUCAGAAAGGUGACAGAAUAUCAUGGUACAGUUCAACAGGAAGUAUUCUUUCCUCUCUAGAAAGCCUAGUCAUCAACAGGCGUCCUAUACUAAAAUUCAACUUAAUCCUUUUCUCCAAUGGAAGACUGUUUACUUUAGAAAUAAAUGACUAUAAAGCGUUUUUUGUUUGACAAAUUUAUGAAAUAUACUUGAUAAAGAGAUACAUAUAAUUAUUGUUAUGCUGCUUAGUGAGAAUCUAAACUCACAACGAAAAUCCAACUACAGACUUUUCCCGGGAGUUCAAAUCAGAAUCACAAACGGACUUUCAAAAGCCAAAGCUGGAGCCUUUAUUGGAAAACCAAGUUACCGCCAUCUGAUGCUAACAUAUCAUGCCACAUCUGUACAGUGCAAAUACCAUGAUAUGUGAUAUUGGAUACUGGAUUAGAAACUUGCUUUACUCAUUAACUGUGGAGUUCCAAUGGACAAUGAAAUAUCCCAACACUGUCAGAUUAACCACUAAAAGGAUCCUCAGGUUAAGCUACAUACAGCAAGCAUAUGUACAAUUUAUAUACCCACCUUAAUGUAUAAAAAUGGUCUCCAAUUUAAAAAUGUUA